GGGCCCCUUUUUUUUGGCUUCAUUGGAUAUAUGAGGUGUGAUUGGAUUGUUUAUGAGAGUAUUAGAUAAUUUUUGAUUAGUUUGAUCAUUUAAUAAAGAUUAAUAGGAUAAAAAACUAAUCAAUGUUUAAUCAUAUGAAUACAAACUCGACUGUUCUUUUUAAUUUUUGAAAAUGAUUAACAUGAAUACAGAGUGGAGUUUCCUGUAUAGUUGAUUAUUAAUAUAAUAGUUAUGCAUAAUUUGAUAUUCUAUUGGAUAUUCUAUAAUAAUUAAGUGUAGGAUUUGAUAAGGAACUAUAAGUUUAAUGUGCCUUUAUCAAUUUGUUGCGGUGUACAGAGGUAAGCUAGUUAAUGAUUUGGGUUGAAGGAGAGUACUCUAGCUAGAUUUGGGUGCAUUUUGUUUAAACAUUUGAACCUUACAUGCAUAAAUUCGUCAUGUUUUCAAUUCCAUUUUUUUGAAUAGAAAGUAAAUAUACAGCACUGAAACAGUGGGACUUCUGAUUGAAUAGAAAGUACUUGCCCUUUUGACAUAGAUGGACAAGGUGGUUCUGGUGUGUAAGUAAUAUUGUCAAAACCUGGUUAUUUGAAAGUAAAAAGGAGUGCUACUAUUUUGGAGGUUCCAGAACCUUGGGAGUAAAUGUUAAUCUAGUAUUGAUACUGAAGCAUCAAGGAAAGUGGAAAAAAUAAACUUAAAGCAUGGACAGUGAAGUAUCUGCUGAAGUUAGUGUUUCGAUUGAUGAUGUAAACUCUGCAGAUCCAGAGGCUGAAUCAAGUAAAGUCGAUUUAGUUGUGGAAAUGUCUUCUAAUGGCGAGAUAAGUUCUGAGUUAGGAAUUGUACAUAAGUUUCUGACAAGAAUGGAAUUAGAUUUAGCAUGUGCUUCAGAGAAGCUGGUUAACCUAAGUGUUCUUAUGAUGCAUUUGGCUACCAAGGAAAGCGAGUUUGAAACAAUUGCCUCUCAGGAAGGAGAUUCAGUGGAGGCAUUAGAAUUUGAUCUCUUGUCGAGGAUUUUGGAUUCUGAAUUGACAGAACUGGAUAAGUUCAUGAUAACUUCACAGAAAAAUAUUGUUGAGGUCCGUAAAAUGAUAUCCUCGUAUGAACAUUUGGGUGAAAUGUUCAUGGCUAUGGAAGAAAAGUUAUGUGAUUCUGAAAAAGCACUGGAGCAGUUACAAGAUCAAAUCUCAGAAAUUAGAGAGCAAUCUGUCAGGUUCCAAAAGACUUUGUCAUGUCUGAAUGGGGAGGAACAUUGGCAUGGAAAUGAUGAGUCAAAUUUCUUAGAAGAUAGCCAAUUUUUGGACACGAAUGCAAAGAUCAAGAUGCAAACUGCUGAACAGCAAAGGCAUUUCUUGAGGAUGCUGGAAAAAUCUUUGGCAAGAGAGAUGGAUCUUGAAAAUAAGUUAACAGAAUCAAAACACAUGGAAGAGGAGCUGAAGCACAGGUUAAUCUCUACAGAACAAGAAGUGUUCUUCAUGGAAGAGGAAGCAAUAGAUAUAUGUGAAAGGUGUUUCAUGGCAGAAAAUGCUGCUGAAGUCCUGAAGGGAAUUUCUCAAGAGCUGCUAAGUCGACUUCAGAUGCUUCAGUUUAGUUUGAAUGGUUCAAUUCAACGAGAAACUGAACUAAGAUCAAGGCUUGAAAAAUCCCUAGAACAAUUGGAAGGCAAAGAAAAUGCUCUGCAAAAGCUCAAUAGCAGCAGUGCGAAACUCAAGGACUCACUUUUAUCACAGACUGACAAUUUAAAAGCAAGCUUAACGGAAGCUGAAGAUAAAUUAAUUCUUGCAAAUUCUGAGGCCUUAACUUUCAGAGAGAAAUUGAAUUCACUUGAGAAGCAGCUGGAAGAGAUGGGCCAUCUUAAACUUACCUCUGAGAAGGUGGAUUCAUUAGAGAAGCUGUUGAGAGAAUCUGAUAUUCAGCUUCAGCAUGCAGUGGCAUCUGUAGAUGCUAGUGAGGAGAAGCAAAAUAUGUUGUAUGCUACAAUCAGGGAUAUGGAAAAUUUAAUUAAGGAUCUAAAGCUGAAAGUUUUAAAAGCUGAAACCCGGGCAGACAGUGCAGAGGAUAAAUGCAUCAUAUUAUCUGAAUCUAAUGCAGAACUAGCUGAAGAGAUGAGCUUUCUGAGGGGCAAGCUUGUAUGCUUAGAGUCAUCUUUAAAUCGAGCUGAGGAAACCAAAAAUGCUACUGCAAGGGACAUUGGCAUUCGCACUAAAGUAGUAAUGGAUUUGGUGAUGCAAUUGGGCAUUGAAAGAGAGCGUCUUCAAAAACAGAUGACAUCAUUAGCACUUGACAAUAAAACUUUGGUAGUGAAGUUACAGCAGACAGAAAAAGCUCCCUUUGUAGUUCCCAACCAUCUUCAUAGAGAAAAUGGAGAAAAGCAUCUGUUUGCUGAGCAUGUGAAAACCCAGAUCUCUGCUGCUGGUCCCAAGGUUGAUAAGACCAAGAAAAAUGCAUCUGGUAGUCAAACCGAAAUGGCAGCUGCAGAUUCCAUAUUAGAGCCUGGGACUGUGAGAAGAAUUGAUGCCAGAGUGCUCAGCAGUAAGCACGUUUUCAUGGCAGUAUUCAUUCUGUUGAUUUCGGCAGCUGUUUACUUAUUUCAGUCAUAGAACCAGAAUCUACGACAGUAGAGAUCCUAACCCAAUUUUGGAUAGCAUCUGUAUCUUAUGUACUGGAAGCCUAAGAGAGUAAACGGAGGAGUAGGACCAUUUUCACACAGAUCAGUAUGAUCUAUAACCGAUGUAAACUUGUGUUUUCUGUGAUAAAGUACAUGUCACGGGCAAAUCUUCUGAAAGUUAUAAGUAGUGCAGUUUUGUUCAA